CCAUCCUGUAGGCUGAUUAAAGAUGGCGCCGUCUCAUGUGUUAAGAUGCUGUCAACGGGUUUUAGCUUGGAUACCUGUUAUUUUUAUCGCUCUGGUCGUAUGCUGGUCUUACUAUGCUUAUGUUGUCGAGCUGUGUAUUUUCACAAUCCCAAACACUGGAGAACAAAUCGUCUACCUGAUCAUUUUCCAUCUGUCAUUCAUCAUGUUUGUUUGGUCCUACUGGAAGACUAUCUUCUCCACGCCUGCCAACCCCUCCAAAGAGUUCUGUCUGCCCAAAGCAGAUAAGGAGCAGUAUGAGAAAGAGGAGCGGCCCGAAACGCAGCAGGAGAUUCUGAAAAGGGUGGCCAAGGACCUGCCCCUGUACACACGCACUGGGACUGGGGCCAUCCGGUAUUGUGAUCGUUGCCAGGUGAUCAAACCAGACCGUUGCCAUCACUGUUCUGCCUGUGAUAUGUGUGUGUUGAAGAUGGAUCAUCAUUGUCCCUGGGUAAACAACUGUGUGGGCUUCUCCAAUUAUAAAUACUUCAUCCUGUUCCUGGCCUACUCCAUGGUGUACUGUGUGUUCAUCGCCGCCACCGUGUUGCAGUAUUUCAUCAAGUUCUGGACACUUUGCCGGAGGAAAUCUGCAGAGAAUUGUCCGAAGAAUCAGCUGCCCGACACUCACGCCAAAUUCCAUGUCUUAUUUCUCUUUUUUGUGGCGGCCAUGUUCUUCAUCAGCAUUCUGUCCCUCUUCAGCUAUCACCUGUGGCUUGUAGGAAAGAACAGAUCCACCAUAGAGGCCUUCAGGGCACCAGUCUUUAGAAACGGUCCUGAUAAAAAUGGCUUCUCUCUGGGGUUCAGUAAAAACAUUGCACAGGUGUUUGGGGAUCAAAAGAAGUUCUGGUUGCUGCCUGUUUACACAAGUCUGGGCGAUGGACACACAUUCCCGACUCGACUGGUGAAUAUUGAUCCAGAACAGCCAACCGUGGACCUUCAGCCCAGCAUUAAAAGCAAUGUGAUAGACGGGCAGGUCAACCCUAGACCCCUGAGUGAAUCACAGAACCGCCUUCUUGGCAACGACCAGCACUAUGCUGAGGACCACCCGGACAGAGAUGUCACCAAGACAGAAGAAGCCCAGACAGUCACAGUUACCAUGGAAAGCGAGUCAUAACAAGGGGAGUGAGGUGGUGGGUUGUCAGACUGUUCCUUUGAAAUGCCUGGACUACCUGCACAUACUCAGUGGAGACCCCCAGCCCAGAGAUGACUGAGCCAUCAAAUCUGAUGCCUUAAACUCCGCACAGUAGCAUCUCUGUGUUUGCCAUGGACACCAUCCCUUUCGCCAUGGACCUGAUCUCCGCAGAACGGCUUUUGUAUCAUUACGGACAACCUGUCUUUGGUCAACAGUGCAGCGGUCAGCCUUCCCCAAUGUCUGUGCCGGCACCCUAUUUGGCAUACAUGCAUAUAACACACAUGGGCGUACACACCCUGUCUUAACAGCUUGCCAAAAAGACACACCAAUGAUUUUUAAUGAUUACACAGCAGAUUUUCUCUGGGACCGCCUUGUCUCUGCAUUGUUUUCAAACCAAAAAAGACACAACUGCUCUAGGCCAAAUUAUUAGAUUUGUAUUCUUUUUCUUUCCAAAACUUGAACACAUUGUCAGUAUUUGUCAGAAACACUGAAGGGUUGAUUGGUUACACUACAUAAUGUGUUCUGGAGAAAAAUAGAAUGAAUCAGGUCAUCACUCAUUAGGACUUGCUGUCGUGCUAAAGUACUGGAGGGCAGGGUGUGUUUCUGGUGCUCUGGUGGCUCGGGGGAAAGGCAGGCUUCACAGCUUUUUGCUUCUUCACGGAUCAGACAAACAUCAGUGGUUUUUUUAUGACCUGUUUUUUUACAAUAUUAGGGGGAUGCACUACUACAACUCUAACGGAAACUUUUAAUCCUCAUUUUAAUCACAUUUAGGGCUGUGUACUUUCAGUUUAAAUAUUUAUCUGUAAACACCUGAAUAUUUAAAGAUCUUGAAUGCCUACGGUUAUUGAAUUUUAGUCGCAUUUCAGAUUAGCUACUGUUGAGACACAUUGGCAAUGGUGAACCCCAUAAUUUGUUUCCAACAUAAGUGAAAUUACAUGUCACAUCACAUGGUUUAGUUAAGACAUAUGAGUUUCAUAAAAGUGUUUGUGCCUACACAGUUGUGGGCAAUUCCCACAAGGCAUUUCCCACAAACAGAGGGUGACAUUUGAUAAGCAUUGGUAUUGUGCUGUGUAGUUUCACUGGUGUUGUAAAAGCUAACAUGCGCAUUAAUUUUAUUUGUGCAAAUGCAAUCAUCCAUUGCUAGUUACAUGCAGCACAUCUAUUAUUAACAUGAACCCAUCAACAGUUCUUUGUGCCAAUUUUAUCUUGCACAGUAAUGAAAAUAAUGGGAACCGUUAAAGACUUUAAUUACUGUAUUGUAAAAGCUGCAUAGAAUUUGAAACCUUCAACAAUGGGAUGUAGGGAGUACAAAAAUGACUAUUUUCUCUAGUUCGAAGUGCACAGCCCUAAUCAGAUUGUAGUGAAUGGUUUUGGACAGGAUGAGUAAAGGGAUGCAUGAUCGGUUUUAUAGCCUAAGGGAAUCUUGUGCUCACAUAGAGUGGGGAGCAUGGGCUGAAUGUUGGAGCACAAGCAGACUGCAGACGUUUCAGAUUUUUGCACUUUAAUACCGUGAGAGACACUUCAUGUACGUCUCGGUUCUGAACUAUAGCCGGAGCACUCUAGUUGCUUAAAAGUCACUAACUGUCCGCUAAAUCUUUGGUGCAUUUGGCUUGGGCUCUUCAUCCUGUUUUUAACACGCGUAAAGGUUGAUUCCUGCCCUACUCCCAUAAUCCAGCACUGGACAGUCCAAUCAUUGAACAGUCAGCGUUUUUGUCCUGCUUUGUGCCUUCUGUGCAGACUGGUACUGGGUUCACUGCGCACAGUGCGGUUUCAUAGUACAUGUUGCACAGUGCGCUUUACCACGCUUGUGUGGAUCUGUACAAGCUUUUACUGCCCCUCGCUUCAGUGUUGAUCUGGAAUAGAUUUUACAUGGUAUGUCAGCAGGACUGUAACUGAAGUGGUGGUGGGCAUUGGCAUUUGGGAGUUCUUGGGGCUCUGCUUGGCCACCUCACUGACAGACAGGGUUCGUCCACACACAACCCUAUACAGACAUGGACAGCUGGUGGACAGCUAUGCUAUUUGGUUGCCCAAUUCUGGCUUUGCCCUCAUUAUCACUGGAUACAAAUACAUGGUUUUUUUCCUUUAUUUUGUUUUUAUCUUAUUCGUAUUGAUUACCUCAGGCAAUGCAUCACUUUUUUUGAUCUGUAAAGAUCUGGCUGAGUAAUCCAUCCAGAGAAUUUCUUGGGUCUGGAAAACGUCUAUAUUCAAAAACACUCAAAAUGACUGGAUCUGUUUACAUGUAUUCUCCCACAUAAGUGUGUAUAGUGCCAAGUUUGCUGUAUAAAUCUGACUUAUGGUAUGUAUUGCCCCCUAUCCCACGGAAACAUGCUGCAGUGUAAGUUGCUACAUUUUCUUUUUCCGCUGAAAAUAGCCGAGAUGUUCAGUUAAUAUCUGGAUAUUUCAGUUCAGUUAACAGUUAAUAUCUGAUUCUAUCUGGAGUGUAUCCACAUACAAACCUGGCCAAGGUCAAAAAAUAAUUUGCUGCAGAUGGCGUAUUCGGCAAUGCUGCAGUAUCACAGGAGCAUUUUUGUUAGCCCACAGCUGCAUUUGAUUAUUUGCAAAGCAGAAACUGCAGCUAAAUGUCACUCAACCCAACUAAAAGUUCAAAAUUAGAUUGCAAUCUCCUGGGAAAGGGAAAGAUGUAUUGAUGUAUCUUUAUCUGUGAUUGAUCAAGGUAUUUUUGAAGUUUGUGUCCUUUUUCAGCAUUAUUGAACAUUUGUGUGUCGUACAGAUUUGUCGACAAAGUAUCUGUGACUGAAUGCAAUGUAAUGGAGGGAAAUGCCCCUCAAGCUCCGCUUUUGUGAAUUUGUUUUUUAUUUUAUUUUUUGAUAAAAUUUUGUGAAAGAGCACAAAAUCUCUCGUUGCAACGGUUGCUUCCUCCUACAUGAGAUUGGACAAGAAGCUGAGAGGGAAACAUUGAAGAAGGAUUUCAGUCAGGUCUAGAACCACCACCUCCAAACCAUGACAUUUAGUUAGGUUCCGUUAUCAUAAUUUGUUAGUGUGUAUAAAAGUGGACCUAGUGACCUUUUGAGCUUUUAUUUCUGCUUUGACUCUUGUACGAUACAAGUCUCAUUAAUCCACUGUGUCAGUUUGGGAGAGUUGCUGUUUCUGAUGGACAUGGGGAUCUGUCCUGCGCAUUCUGUACUCCUCUGUGGCACUGAUGCCUAAAGGUGGAGAGACUGUAACCAUCCUUUGAUGAUUGGGAUCUUGUCCUGUUGUUAAAAACAAAAAUCAAAAAAAAACAAAAUGGCCUUAUCUCUCCAAAGUAACUGCACUCCUAACACCAUCAUAACCUCCAAGGAUUUUUCUAAUUUUAGUGUCAUUGAAAAUUUUCCAUCAAAAUGUAACUCCAGCCAUAAAGCAUAUGUCAAGAAAGAAAAUCUUGGACCAUUUUACUAUGUUUUUGUAAUCUUUGUGAAAGCUUUUUUUAAAUGAACUCAUUUUUGCAUGAACGGUUUACCAUGAAAGUCUUUGUACUCUGCUCAUACUGCAACGCAGUUUGCUUUUUGUUUAAAAAAAAAGUUAAAAAGGAAAUUAAGGUUUGCACAUAUUUUGUCUAAUUAAUUUUAAUGUUCAUAUUUUGUAGGUAAAGUAUACAUAUGAAUGUUGAGACAUAACAAUAAAUAUUGAUUUUCAUUCUCUA